CGAGAUUCGACGAGAUCGGAUCAGUUGGCGGAUGUUUGUCGGUUUAGUUGGACGUUCCUAAGCAACGUAGCGAACGUGUCCCGUGGUGCUUGUGAAUUGAGGUUAAAGGUGAAAAAUCAUCCGGUUUUUCUUUGCGCUGGAGUAACGAACGAUCACACCAGAACAAGUUCAAAUCUGGUUGAAAUCGUAUGCGAUCAAAGUGCAAAGUACACCAAAAGGAGGAUCAUUCAUAACGAGCAGAAAAAAAAUCCGAUCCUCUCAUUCGCAUGUCUCGAACGUAACCGAAGUGAACCGUACACAGCAGGAAGGAAUUUUCGGUCUCGAGGAUUCUCGCCAAUCUCGUUGCGUGGCAGCGUGGUGAGUGGUCGCAAAGGAAUUUCGCUACGCCACGCCGCUGCUACCUCAGCAAACGGUGGACCGGGACGGAACGGUUUCGAGCGUGGUAUAAUUAAUCGUAGCAUUUUGAAACUCUUGAGUGCUGCGUUAAUUCUAGUGCUUUCGUGUCGCAUCGGUGUCCGGCCGCGAACCACGAGUGCGCGACGCCGCGAACAACAAGUGUGUGCGUGUGCGUGUGUGUGUGUGUAGGCGUUGAAAGCGGUCUGAACCGAAACGCCGGUUACGCGUAUCCGCGUUAAGUUUUGCAGUUCCGAAUCAAAGGCAGCCAAAAUGUCGGACCUGGACGAUAUGAGUAACUUCGAUGCGUGGUUGGAGAAGGAUUUCCUAAGCAAAAUCAAUCGGCUCGAAACGGAGGUGGAAGAUUUAAAGGAUAAGAAAAGCAAUCUCGAUAAGGAUCUGAAGAAGAAAACGAUCGAGUGUGAUAUACUGCGCGCGAAGGUUGGAAAACUCGAACAGGUCCCGUCGAACAAUGCGGCCUCAAAUGAAAAGAUUGAAAACCUUGAAAAGGAGCUCAAGCGCAAGACGAUGGAGCUGGACAUACUGCGUUCGAAGCUGUCACAGGCCGAAACAAAUCCGCAAGUCUCGCAGGACUUAACGGAGCGCGUGAAGCAGCUCGAAAAGGAGCUGAAGAAGCGCAUCAUUGAGAACGGUAUACUGCGAGGCAAGCUGACCGAGGUCGAAAGUGAACCACAGACACCGGAAGCGCAGGAGAAGAUCGAUGAGUUGGUGCGUGGUCUACAGCGUACCGAGAGUGUGGUGCUGCGCGAGAAGGUUAAGGAGCUGGAAGGCGAUUCGGAAGCGUCCGAACGGAACGGUGAGCUGGAGCGCGAGCUCAAGAAGAAGAACAUCGAGAGUGAUAUACUGCGUUCGAAGUUGAAGCAGUUUGAAAACACACCCUCCAACGCACAGGAAGCGAACGAACGGAUGCGCGAUCUGGAGAAGCAGGUCAGGAAGUAUCAGAUCGAGGCGGACAUACUGCGCGCGAAGGUGAGCCAGCUCGAGAGUGAUGCAGCGACGCGCGAAGACGAAGAAUCGACCGAGCGCAUCGAGGAGUUGGAGAAGGGCCUGAAGAAAAGCACCACCGAGGGUAACAUGUUGCGGGCGAAGAUGCAAAUGUUUGAGAAGGAAUCGACCGCAACGCAGGACUCGAACAGUGAGCAGAUCGAGGAGCUACGCAAGGGGCUGAAGAAAAGCACCACCGAGAGCCAGAUACUGCGAUCGAAGCUGACCGAGCUGGAGAGCAAACAGGUGCACAGUGGCGCUAGCAGCUACAAGAUCGAAACGCUCGAGCAGGAGCUGAAGAAAAAGAACAUUGAGAAUGAUAUCCUGCGAUCGAAGGUGGAGCAGCUGGAGCGCGUACCGUUGGCGGACAGUCCGGCGAACGACAAGAUCGAGGAGCUGCAGAAGGAGAUCCGCAAUCUUAAGAUCCAGAACGAUAUACUGAAAUCGAAGCUAAACCAGGCGGAGGAUGAACCGACGACCACGCAGGAAUCGACCGAUCGCAUCAGUGAGCUGGAGAACGAGCUAAAGAAGCGUACGAUCGAGAGCGAUAUACUGCGCGCGAAGGUAACGCAGCUGGAGUGCGAACUGUCGCCGACCAAGAACUCGAACGAACGGAUAGAGGAUCUGGAAAGUGAGCUGAAGAAGAAGAUGCUCGAGAACGACAUCCUGAAGUCGAAGGUGAGCCAGCUCGAGGGUGAGUUGAUUGCGCACUCGGGCAGCAGCAAGGCGGACCCGAACGAGAUCAAGAAGCUGAAGGAAAAGCACGAGGAGGUCAUGAACAAGGCGAAGGAGCUACUGUUCGAGCGCACGAAGACGGUCAAGACGCAGGACAUGCAGAUAAAGGCGCUGCAGAACCAGAUCGAAAACAUCAAGGAGGUGGUGGCGGUAACGAAGGACAUGCUGAACAUCCGGAACAUGGAGCACGAACAGUUGCAGACGCGGUUCGAAAACAUCGACAGCAAGAUGAAGGCGGAACGGGAACGGCAGACACUGCUCGAGAAGAAGCUGGCCGUCUCGCAAAAGAUGUACAACGAUCUGCGGGACGAGUACACGACACAGCUCGAACUGUUCAAGGAUUCUUCUUCGUCAAAUUGCAGGAAAUCCAGAAAACCUACGCCGAAAAGAUCGAACUCAUCAAGGAGGAAAUCGAAUCCGUCCGGAAUGGGGCCAAAAAUUGAAUCGUCCUACCGGCAGGAUCAGCAGCAACUGCCGACGGUUACGGUGGAAGAUCAUCUUCGGAGUGAGCUGGAAGGGCGAUCCUGCUGCUGCACUGUGCAAUAACAACACCGCAACGACUAUCGUUUCUUUCCAUAUUCUGCCGUUCUGCGUUAGAGAACAACCGCUUCCAUUACUGUGAAGACGUUUUGCGAUUUGUAGCAAACGUUUUUCAAAGCCCAAUCGGUCCACUCCUCCGCCCUGCUGAGCGUGGUGUUUAGACCUUUUGCUCCAGAUAUAAUCCUUUUUGUUCCCUCACGCCUCCCUACUGAUAUGCUGUAUUUACUGCAGAGUUGUACUUUGCACGGUAACCCCAACGUUAGGCAAGAGUUAAGUUAACGUACUAUAUUACGAAAAUGGAAAUAAAGAGAAAAAAAAACUA